CAUUGCAACGAGCCUAGGAUGGGACCGGGCAUCCGGGAUUAUCCGUUCCCGCUGCACGGAGGAAGCUCGCCUCGGGAAGUUCUGUUCCAUGAAGUCCGCCAAGGACAAGGAAUGGUAACUUCCAGUGGUGGAAAGAGCCAUUCAAACACCAAAGAGCUGAAAAAGCCUCCGCCCCACGUGAGACCAUCUCCUAACAGGUUAAACAAAAAUGUUUCUACUGCCACUGAAAAGACUCCUGGUCAUGCCACGGGCAACAGCCAGGGAAGCGUUCGCCACAAAGAAUGGAACCAACCCUGGGAGAGUCACCAGCAAAACAGAGCCACAAAUGUUUACACUUCCUCACAGAAAGCACCAAAGUCACCAAAGGGACCUGUGGUGAAAAAGCAUUAUGAAGCCGGAUACCGCAAGAUCCCUUCUGCUUUUAAGGAUGCCUCUUGCAGUGACUCCGGUAGGGCAGACGAAGCGCUGAUGCAGAGUUUUUAUUGCAAAAGACCUGCCAGAUCAGAAAGGAACUCUGGAAGGCACACGGAUGAAGCGGACCCCUGCAGUUCCACCCAUCAAGGCGCUUCUGCUGAUGCCAUGUUUCUUGACUUCGCAUCUAUUCAAAUCAUGAAAGAGGAUCCCGACGAGGACAGCGCCAGUGACCUUUCCGACUCGGAGAGAAUUCCCAUUCCUCCUUCCCCUUGCACGCCGCCGGAGCUCAACCUCCGGGCCGAGGAAAUUGACCCCCUGUGUUUCGAACACCUCUCCGAUGCCACGUGUAAGCAGUCCGAUUACUGCUACCCUGACUUCCUCCCGCCCCCGUUCAACACCUGGGACCUGAAAGGACUAGCGGCCUAUGUGAACACCGAGUGCAAGUCAGAAGUGCGGCCGCAGCCCACAGGGAGCCUCGAGAAGUACAUCGAUCGGCUCCUGGAGCUGGAAUGGCUGCAGAUACAAACGAUACAAGCCGAGAAAGGGAAGGCAGCCAAGGUCCGGCCUCAGACUGCGCCCAGCGCCCUUCGGACCUUGAAAAGCCCUGGGAAAAGUAAAUCCUUGCACACUCUCUUGCCAAACAAAACUUUGACUGCGCCUGAAAGCUUCUCGAGGCUCCCAAGUUACCAGAUCAGUCACAGAAGGGAUCUGCACAGCGAAGGAGCCGGCCAGGUGGCUUCAUGUCAGAGGCAUUCAAAAGCAACCUGUGGUCCCUCAGCCCAUCACAGACAGUCCUCUGAGGGGAAAAGCAGUGAGGCGAAAAAGCGGCCUGGCGCCAAGGUGCAGCUUUUCAACAAGCCUCCUUCAGAGAGCACCUCAAUGAUCCAAGGAGCUGGCAACAUCAGGCCUCCCAAACAAUCCUCCUCACCCCACGGUUCAGCAGUCCCCCUCAAGGGCCUGCUGACCUACACGUGCCCAAACCCCAAGAAGAAUGGAAACCCCAGUAGUUAUGCCCCUUCCAAAAAAGUUCAGGCAGACAAGAAGCUAAAAGCCAAUGGUGUGAAGCCGAUGCCGUGUAAAUUUAAGUAACGCCAGGGUUGGGUUUGUUGUGCUUUGUUGCAGUGGGGCUUGGUAACCCUUCUUGUGGGGGCCAAAAGCUAGAAUGGUGGUUCAUAAAGUCUGAGGUAGGCAAUCGUCGGGAGAUGUGUACUCCUGGUUGUCCCUCCCACCAUGUCUUGUGAUUGGACUGUUGACCCUUGCUCAGUGACCCUCGCGCAGUUGGGCCCUUUUAACCCUUUCCAGUUAGUGAAACCAGGGCUUUUUUUUUUUGGACAGGAACGCAGUUCCGACUGGCUUGGUGUCAGGGGGUGUGGCCUAAUAUGCAAAUGAGUUCCUGCUGGGCUUUUUCUACAAAAAAAGCCCUGAGUGAGACUGAGAAAAUAAUUUCACCUUAAGUGGAGUUGCACCCUUCUAAGUAAAUUGACUGCAAUGGAUUUAGAGGAGGGUAACACCCUUACGAUAGCACUACAAGUGCCCAAUCGCUUUCUCUGGUUUUUACUGCAGGGGUUUCCUAACUUCCCUGGUUCCCCUCCAUUGGCAUAUUAAAAUAUACUCAGAACCCA